UUGCUUAAGCAGAAUCCAUCAGAUCAGGAGUUAGACAUAGCGUUUCGAGAACUUUAUGUCACCUAUGAACUCUUGGAGGUCGCCUUUGAGGACUACCACUACGAUCCGGACGAAGGAUUGGAAUUCCGCCCGGAAGUUAUUGAGAGGAUUGAUCAAAGCAUAGCAGAAAUAGAAGCUGGGACAGCGAAGCUGAUUUCACUUGAGGAGGUUGCCAAAGAGUUCGGGGUGAAUUUGCAAGAUUAG